GUACCCUCAUGGUCUUUGAUUGGAUGAGCAUCGUCGCAAUUCAGAGUGUUUGGUGAAUGUCCGCCUUUGUCUGAAUUAUUGUCAUUCGGCCGAGAUGUGGUCCUCGUCCUGCUUUCCUGAGAAGAGUCUUUCGCCAUGCCGACGGCCGAAAACGAACGAUGAUCUUCUGUAAAAUGCAGAUUAGAGACACGUGUUGCUUUUUGCCGGUUGCGAGUCAGACUUUUCUAUAAAAUUUCUUCAAACUCCUUCAUGUUUUAUCCUGGUUUAUUGUUGUACACUCUCCUCUCUUUUGCUUCUCUAUUUUCGCAAAGCACAAAUAAUUCCACCCACUUCUUGCAAGUUUCCCUUUCAGUGCAAGCCGCAACACAAAUUUAUCCUAGAAAUAGAAUCUUCAAUCCUGUCAGGCUGUCAAUUUUGUUGCUAAAAGCACAAAAAAAAUUAAUUUUCCGCAGUUAGUACAAACGUGAAAGAUGCGUAUAGCACCGCCAUCUUUUAUUUAAAUUGUCGCGCGAUUUUGUAAAUAAUCGGUGCCUUCGAGAAUAAACAUGGCCGCUGUGUGCACCUUGCUUCAAUCUCUUGUGUUCUUCGGUUUUCUUGUUUGUUUACAUCGAAGCUAUAUCACGAGUUUAGAUACAUACAUUUGGAAAUUUCUCAAGGCAGAGACGCCAGCAGUCAUAAAAAUGGGCAAAAAUAAGUUUACAGAGGGUGAGAGGGUUCUCUGCUACCACGGAAUACUGCUGUACGAAGCAAAGUGUUUGGAGCACAGAACGAAUGACAAGGUCGUUGAAUUCAAAGUCCACUACGCUGGUUGGAACAAAAGCUGGGACGAAUGGGUACCAGAGGACAGGAUCCUCAAGUACAACGAAACCAGUUUGCAGAAACAGAAGGAAUUGAAAAAGGAAUUUGAACUAUCAAAAGCAGCAGCAAAGAAAAAGGGACUCAAAAGGAAAUCAGAGGCACCUAAAGCAGAGACCCCGACAAGCAGCAGUCGAGCUUCGACGCCUUCCUCGGACGCUUCGUCUGUCAAGACGCCAACAGUUUCGUCAGCCAAGUCUUCACUUCCUCCUCCUCCGCCACCAAAGGAAACAUCAGAGCCAGAGGCCAAAGUGCUCAAGGAAGAGCCUGUCCCAGUCAAACAGGAUGAACCUGUGGAGAAAUCAGUGCCUGUAAAGCUGAAAGACGAAAAUCUGCUGCAAGAACUGGAGAUCCCUGUUGAACUUCGGAAGGUUUUGGUGGACGACUGGUACCUUAUUCAGAAACAAGACAAACUUUACAACCUGCCUGCCAAGCACACUGUCAGAGACAUUUUCGACGACUACGUCAAGUACAAAGUCGCCAAGUCCGAGUGUGACAAAAGUGUGGAGAGUGCGUUGAGAGAAAUUGGCAGAGGAAUUUGUUCCUUGUUUGACACCCUCCUUGGAAAGCAGCUGCUGUACAAGUUUGAGAGGCCUCAGUACGCAGAAUUGCUGCAGAAACAUCCCUACAAAGGCAUGAGCCACAUUUACGGAGCACCCCACUUGCUCCGAUUGUUCUGCUGGAAACAAGGUCUUGUGCCAAAGUCGCAGUUUGACGAUGUCAGCUGUGAAUACCUCAUGAAGCACUUGAAUAGCAUCAUCAAGUACUGCUGCCAAAACAAAAGCACUUUGUUCAGCACCGACAAUUAUAUGACAUCAACCCCCGAGUACCACCGAAGAGUGAUUUAAAUUAGAAAAGACUGGCCAGCUAAAAUUAAGUGUGCAUUUUUUGUUUACUAUCCACUUCAGUUUUCCAUUCUGACAUGUUCAUUUAAUUUGUAAAUAUAAAAUCUCAUUUGAUAUUUAACGUCAACGGUUAAAAACUUAA